CAGUUUUUGUUUCCUGACAUAAAUAUUCCAUCUGUGAGAAAGAUGCACUGCAAUACAAAGAAAGGAUAGAACAGGAACAUAUCAAGAAAUGUACACACAAGCAUGUUUUUAGCUCAUUGUAAAUUAAUCCAUGCAUAAACCAUGAGAGUCUGAAGAUGGCUGUAAGCUCUAUCCCGAUUUUUACCUUAUAAUAUACUGAAAAAUGAUCUGUGAUGCUAAAAGAUGGUUAUUCUUGGAAACCUAUAUCAAUUUCCUAUUCACACAGCAACUGGUGGCAACUAAAAAUAAUCCUGGUUUAGUACUAGCUAAAAAUCUGGUCGCAUUUGGCACACGAACAACAUGCACAAAUAAAAUUUAAGAUCCCCUGUUCUGCUAUUUCAUUCGAGCCCACUCAUCAAGCUUAGUUUGCUGCCAUUUGAAAGCUAUUGAAAAGCCAUUAACUGGCAGGACUGUGAAAGCCGCAGUGCAGCAGCACACCUCAGUGCUGGAAGAAUGUGGCUGCAAGUGCACACCAAUUAAAUCUUUCUAUUCCUGGGGAUGUGGGAUUAGGAGCGGUGUCAAUCAACUGUGCUACAAUAGCACGUGCAGUAGUCAUGGUUCAAGACGUACAGAGGUUUAUCGUUACUCCAGCAGCCGGGUGAGGGUGACUUGGAAGCCUCUGCAAGAUCCUGGAACAGAAACUACGCUAAAUAAUGUAUUCUGAGGUGUACUGGAUACCUGAGGAAGGGCUUUAAAUAAUGCAUUUUCUGGGCAUGACAGUUGUAGCAGAAGAGAAUGCUGAAACCUGUAGCGAGACUACAGCCUGAGAUGAAAGAAUGUCUCAUUACCAUUUUAUCAAAUGCUGCUGUUUCCAGCUAUGUAAUGUUUUUCGGACCCAUGAGAUGGAAAUUGAGCAGUGCUUGCUGGAGUCCCUCCCCCUCGGCCAGCGGCAGCGGCUGGUCAAGCGCAUGCGCUGUGACCAAAUAAAGGCGUACUACGAGCGGGAAAAAGCUUUCCAGAAACGGGAAGGCUACGGGAAGAAGCUGAAGCAUGGAAAGAAUCAACGAGUUUGUUUUAAUCUUGCUGAUAUGAUACAGGAUGCAAUCAUACGCCACGAUGAUAAAGAAGUGCUACGGCUGUUGAAGGAUGGUGCUGACCCUCAUAUGCUUCUUUCCUCAGGAGGCUCCUUGCUCCAUCUGUGUGCUCGCUACGAUAAUGCAUUUGCUGCAGAAAUUCUGAUUGACAGAGGAGUAAAUGUAAAUCAUCAAGAUGAGGAUUUUUGGACAUCAAUGCAUGUAGCCUGUGCCUGUGAUAAUCCUGAUAUUGUCCUGCUACUGCUACUAGCUGGAGCAAAUGUGCUUCUGCAAGAUGUUAAUGGAAAUAUUGCACUUGAUUAUGCUGUAGAAGGGACUGAAUCUAGCAGCAUCCUUCUGAUGUACUUGGAAGAAAAUGGUGUAGAGCUGAAUUCCUUACGCCAAAUGAAGAUUCAGAGGGCCAUGACAAUGCUUACAGAUGUCAGACAGCUCAUCUCAAGUGGAGGGAGUGUGAAUCAAAGGAAUGAUGAAGGAGUUACCCUGCUGCAUGUGGCCUGUGCUAAUGGAUACAAGAAUGUUGCCUCUCUGAUACUAGAUCAUGGGGCUGAUCUCAAUGCAGUGGAUAAUCAGUACUGGACACCCCUACAUUUGGCUGCAAAGUAUGGACAGACCAAUCUUGUGAAGCUGCUUUUGAUGCACCAGGCAAACCCCAAUCUUCUUAACUGCAAUAAUGAAAAGCCUUCAGAUGUUGCAGCUUCUGAUUUUAUUGAGGAAAUGCUUCUGAAGGCUGAAAUUGUUUGGGAGGAAAAAAUGAAAGACCCUUUAGCUGCUUCUACUUUAUCUCAAGAAGAGCCAUAUGAAGAGAUCAUCCAUGAUUUGCCCACAAUUUCUAAUAAACUCAAUCCCCUGGCUUUACCAAUUGCCAAGCAAGACAGUUUGCUGGAGAAAGAUACCAUGUUCAAAGAUGCAGCCAAAGGCUUAUGUAAGCAGCAGUCUCAAGACAGUGCAUCUGAAAAUAUCACUGUGAACGCCACAACCAAACUUGAGCAGAUCAAGCUAAUGCCUCCAGCUCCAAAUGAUGACCUGGCUUCUCUGAGUGAGCUAACAGACAGCAGCCUGCUUUACGAGAUUCAGAAGCGUUUCAACAACAAUCAGAUAUAUACCUACAUUGGUGAUAUACUGUUACUUGUUAAUCCAUUUAAAGAACUUCCUAUUUAUUCUACCAUGGUCACCCAGCUUUAUUUAAGUAACUCUGGAAAACUGUGUUCCUCACUUCCCCCACAUAUAUUUUCCUGUGCUGAAAGAGCUUACCACAUGCUAUUCCAAGAGCAGCGUCCCCAGUGCUUUAUCCUCAGUGGAGAAAGUGGUUCUGGGAAGACUGAGGCCUGCAAACAGAUAGUGAAGCACCUCACUUGCAGAGCCAGCUGCAGCAGAAAUACCUUUGAUACAAAGAUAAAACAUGUAAACUGUAUCUUGGAGGCCUUUGGACAUGCUAAGACACCCUUGAAUGAUUUUUCCAGCUGUUUUAUAAAGUAUUUUGAAUUACAGUUUUGUGAGAGAAAAAAAACAUUAAUUGCAGCUAGGAUUUAUACAUACAUGUUGGAGAAGUCUCGUGUCGUUAUGCAACCUCUCAACCAGAGUAAUUUUCAUGUUUUUUACUUGAUGAUGGAUGGAUUGUCUGCUGAAGAAAAAUACACCCUGUACCUCAGUAAUUUAUCUGCACACAGGUAUCUAAGCCAGACUGGGUCAGAAGAGACGAUGUUAGCAGCCAACCCUCAAAACAGAGAGAAAUUAACCAUACUAAAACAAGCUCUAGGUGCUCUGGGAUUCAAUAGCCUGGAGGUGGAGAACCUGUUUGUGAUUCUCUCAGCAAUUCUGCAUCUUGGAGACAUUCGCUUCACGGCCCUGACAGAUGCUGAGACAGCGUUCGUGUCAGACCUGCAGCUACUGGAGCAAGUGGCAGGGAUGCUGCAGGUUUCACCAGAUGAGCUUGCUUCAGCCUUAACAACUGAUGUUCAGUAUUUUAAAGGAGACACGAUUGUUCGGAGGCACACUAUAGAGAUUGCAGAUUUUUACCGGGAUCUCUUGGCAAAAUCUCUGUAUGGUCGUUUAUUUAGCUUUUUAGUCAACACAAUCAACUGCUACCUUCAAAAUCAAGAUGAGAGUGGCAGUGACCAGGUGUUUGAAAUUGGAGUAUUAGAUAUUUUUGGAUUUGAAGAAUUUCAAAAGAAUACUUUUGAACAGCUGUGUGUCAACAUGACCAAUGAGAAGAUACACCAGUACAUCAAUGAGGUGCUUUUCCUACAAGAGCAAGCAGAAUGUGUACAAGAAGGAGUUGCCAUGGAAACAGUGUAUUCUCCUGGUAACCAUACUGCAGUCUUGGAUUUUUUCUUUCAGAAACCAUCAGGCUUUUUGUCAAUGCUGGAUGAAGAAAGCCAAUCUAUUUGGUCAGUGGAACAGAGUCUUUCUAAGCGCAUUCAGUCUUACCUGGAUACAUCAGAUACGAAUACAGUCUAUUCCUCCACAAAAGAUGGAAAUGGUAACCUUGCCCCAAAGGAUCUGGGCUCUACCUUCACUGUUAUGCACUAUGCUGGAAGGGUUACCUAUGAAAUUGCUGGUGCCAUAGAAAAAAAUAAAGAUUCCCUUUCACAAAAUCUCAUAUUUGUAAUGAAAACUAGUGAAAAUGUGGUCAUCAAUCAAUUGUUCCAGUCCAAACUGACACAAACUGGAUCACUUGUUCCUCCAUAUCAUUCCCUUAAAAUCAAAGGGUGUAAAGCAGCUUUGCUCAGUAAAAAAACAUCUGUAACCUGUGCAAGUGGAGAAGCCAAGAAAUACAUUGAACUAAGCAAGCUGUUGAAAAAGAAAGGAACGUCCUCAUUUCUUCAGAGAUUGGAACGAGGGGGCCCGACCACUGUGGCAAUACAACUCAGGAAAUCACUUGCAGAUAUUAUUGGGAAGCUGCAGAACUGCACACCACAUUCCGUUCAUUGUAUAAAACCUAAUAACUCCAAGUUGCCAGAUACCUUUGAUAAUUUUUACGUGUCUGCUCAACUGCAGUAUAUUGGGGUCCUAGACAUGGUAAAAAUUAUCCGACAUGGGUAUCCAAUACGUCUCUCUUUCACAGACUUCUUGUCAAGGUAUAAAGAUUUGGCUGAUACAGCAGCAGGAGAGAAGAAGAAGUUGAGUGCCAAGGAGAGAUGUCGUCUUGUUCUUCAGCAGUGUAAAUUACAAGGCUGGCAGAUAGGAGUUCGAAAAGUGUUUCUUAAGUACUGGCAAGCUGACCAUCUCAACGAUUUGUGCCUUCAGCUUCAGAAGAAAAUUAUAACCUGCCAAAAAGUUGUAAGAGGAUUUCUAGCUCGCCAGCGCUUGCUACAGAAGAUGAGCAUCAAACAGCAAGAGGUCACCUCAAUCAAAAGCUUCUUGCAGAAUGCUGAGGAUAUGGGAUUGAAAACAUAUGAUGACUUGGUGAUUCAGAAUGCUGCUGACAUUGCUCGGGAAAAUGACCGGCUCCGCAACGAGAUGAACGCUGCUUACCACAGGGAAAAGGGAGAACCUAGAAACAGGCCAGAAGAAGGCCAGAAAAGAGCUGAAGACAAGGGUGGGAAGGUCUCUGAGGACAGCUUUGCCGGCUGUCGCACGUCUAAGCACUUUCACUCCAGCUCCGUCCCUGUCCCCAUGGCAGUGGAUGGCUUGGUACAUUCUGCGGCUGGGUCAUCCAUCAGAUCCCCCUCCCUGCACUCUGUUUUCAGCAUGGAUGACAGCAAUAGCCUGCCAUCACCAAGGAAACAGCCUCCUCCCAAGCCAAAGAGGGACCCCAACACACGACUGAGUGCCUCCUACGAGGCUGUUAGUGCUUGCUUGUCGGCAGCUUCUAAGGAAACCGCUAAUGAAGUUCUGACCCGUCCAAGACCACACAGUGAUGACUAUAGUACCAUGAAAAAAAUACCUCCCAGAAAACCAAAGCGAAGUCCAAAUACAAAACUUAGUGGCUCUUAUGAAGAAAUACCCGGUCAAAAGCCUGGGGAUGUAAAAAAAGCAAGCACAGUAGUUAAGCCAGGUGUCUAUGACACUGUGACAGUACAGAGAGCAGCUUCUACUGAUGGACCACAACACGGUGUGUUGAAUCUUUUUAUGUCACAAGAAGAGGAGGAAAAUGAGCCUGUCUAUAUUGAAAUGGUAGGGAAUGCAGUCAAAAGCAGUUCUGCUGAAGUGGAGAGUCCAGAACAAGGAGAGUCUGUAUAUGAAGAAAUGAAGUAUUUUCUACCAGAAGAAGGAAGCAAUGGUAAUGGAAUAAUUCCAGUAGUGACUGGAUCUCCUCCUCUGUUGUUUGAAAGCAAAAGAAAUAUUAAUAUUGAAGAUGGAACAUUGGAUGGAAACAGUCAAGCAGCUUUGAUCUAUAAAGACUCAUGUGACAUUCCAGCCCCUUUCCCUAACUUGCUCCCCCACAGACCACCACUUCUUGUAUUCCCUCCAACCCCUGUCACAUGUUCACCUGCUUCUGAUGAAUCACCUUUAACACCACUGGAGGUCAAAAAGCUUCCUGUUUUAGAAACCAACCUAAAAUACCCUGUGCAGUCAGAAGGUUCAAGUCCACUAUCACCCCAGUACUCCAAGGGCCAGAAAGGGGAGAAUGAAAGACCAGUAUCUCCAGGCUUGAUUGUGUUCAGUGUUUCCACCAAAGUGACUCCUCCUUCUACACCACCUCCUCCACUGCCACCACCUCCUCCUCCUGUACCACCUCCUGCUUCCUACCGGGCUUCCACACAUUUUGCAUCUCCUCCAGAGACUUGUGCUAGUUUUCUGAUUAAUGCAGGGAAAACAGGUACAAAUUCAGAUCUGCCAAAAGUACCUCAGAGAACCAAUCCUGCUCAGCUUGGAUGCUCAUCUUCUCCAUUUUCCAAACUGCCUUACUCCCCAAAGGUGGCAAGAGCGGAUCACAGGAAAUUGAACUCAAAUUCAUCGUCUUCAUUUUCAUACAGCCCUACAAACUCAAGGUCAUUAACCAGUCCCCUUGAUGAGUUAACCAGCUUGUUCAACUCAGGAAGGAGUGUGCUACGAAAAUCUGCAGCAGGACGUAAGAUCAGGGAGCCAGAAGGUGCUGAAACUAAUCUGAACUUGAGGAGCAGGGAAGAUCCAAAUGCAUCAGAUCCUGGAUCAGAAACACAGGAUAAAAAUGCAAAUAAUCAUGGAACUCAGUCAUCUAAUCCAUUGUCCAGUUCUGUGACUGCUGAAAAUGGAAAUUCAGUAUCAAAUGGAUUACCAGAGGAAAAUGACUUUUCCAGACUGUCUGCCAGCACUACAGCAGGCUCAUCGAUUCAAAGGCACAGGGAGAGCCACACUAGUCAGGUCAUUCAUCAGCUUAGACUUUCCGAAAAUGAGAGUGUGGCUCUACAAGAGCUUCUAGACUGGAGGAGAAAGCUGUGUGAAGAGAGAGAAGACUGGCAGCAAAUAUUGCACAAUACUGAGCAAAGAAUCUCAGCCCCACCUCCACCCCCUUGUAAGAAGCCGACGCUGCUGAAGAAGGUAGAAGAUACCUCCUGCAACAGACUCUCUUCAGGCAUUUGGGAUACCACCAUAUGAUUCAGAUGUGUGUUUGCAGACUGUUAGGAAUGGAACCAUCUAAUGACUUCAAUCUGCACAAUCAGCAAGUUUCCUUCCCUUCACAAAACGUGCAGGGAUUUUUUACAAGCACUAAUUCAAUAGCACAGGAUGGAGUUGUUGUGUAGUUCUGUCGUGUGUGUGUGUACAUGUGUGUGUUUGUUCUUUUCAUAUAUACACAUGUAUACCUAUAUGUGUGCACCAGCAAAUAUAUAUAUGUAUGCAUGUGUAUAUAUGUAUGGACACAAACUGCACUAUAAGUACUUUCUUUAAAAGUACAAAACAGUCACUUUAAGUUCUCCCAUGGACAAUGAAGAAAAUAUGUUAAGCAAAUGAUGAUGGGGAGAAGUGACUGACAGACAUUUUGGAGAGAUCAGAAAAGUCUGUGUGCACACUGUACAGCUGUUUUAUACAGUACAAAAAUAUGUUUCUUGUUCCCUAAUGAAUGGGUUUAUUAUCUUACAUGUAUACAUAUAUAUAUAUAUAUAUAUAUUUCUUUGUAGAUGUCUGUGUUCCAUGGAGAUUAUUAUUACAUGUUUAUUUCUGGUGUUUUAUAACUUCAUGCAAUUGGUGCUGUCGUUCUUUCUUCAAAAUACAGGUAAUAAAUUCAGUACUUGCAUUUUUCUUUUAUAGAUUAUCUUUGACAACAUACCAAACAGUUUCAACACUGUGUUAUUUUUUUUUCAGAACUGGCAAUAUCCUUUCUAAAAUUCAAUCCUGAAAUUCUUGCAAACUCCUAUGUGCAGGAGUGAUUUGGUGCUGUUCACAGUCAUGAAUUAGAGACCAUUACUUCUUUUUGAUGGACCUGCAUUUCUGAAUGUGUGAACUGUGAAUUUGAAAUUACAUCUCAAAUCUUAUUUCCUUCUGGGUUAUGUAAAAUAAUGAGGCAUUCAUUUAGAUUAUAAGUGUGGUUUGAAAUUCAUAACUGAUUAUGCAUAAGGUCAGGUGUCAGUGGAAAGAUACAUAAUGGUAAUGAGGAAUGAAAAUAGGUCUAUGAUUUACUUUACAGGCCAGAAAGCUUUGCAGAGAUGGGUAUAUCAAAGCAUUAUGUCCUUAUUAUGGUAGCACAGUGAUGCAUUUAUACCUCAAAUUUCAUGUAAUGAAAUGGUUUCAGAAAUUGCAACAUUCUAGUUAGUGUAGAUGAGUUCUGAGCAGUAAUGUUAAUUUAUGAAAAACAUGGUGCUGGGAACUUGUUAGUUAUUGCUCAGCAGUCUUUGAAAUACUGCUUUGCCACUAAAAGGUGUAAUUUUUAUAUAUUUAAAAGUACUUUUCUGGGCUACUUAUUUUAAGUUCCUGGAGUAUGUAGAGCCAGUGUGGAACACUUUUCUUGGUUGUUUGUCCCAUUCCUAUUGAGAUGCACGAAAAGUGUUACCAGUUUUGCAAGUGGAUAUAAAACAAAUAUUUUUCAAAUAUAAGCUAGGUAUAAAAUGGUAUGCUCACUCUUGGUUGGAAGUUGUUGGGAAAGGAAACAAUCCUUAGAGGUGUAGGUUUUUCCAUCAUGUUUGACAGAAAUUUCAAUCAGGCUGAAUAGCAAAAAGCAACCACAUGCUUGUUUGAUUGUUUAUACAGGGAAGCAGCAAAACGCAAAUUGUUUCCAUGAGUACAAACAAGCUGUAGGCAGAAUUAAGCCUUCUCUUGCUGGAGAUUAAAACAGACAUUUUGAGUGGACAAGGAAGGGGAGACACCAAGUUAGCUCAGAAUUAUACCUUGUUACCAUUAUUAGCUUCACAGAAGUCCACUGUGUAAGAUUAUCCAUUUCUAUUUCAUGGAGAAUGAGGAACUCUGGACUCCAAACCUUACCUUUGACUGAUGUAAAUGGCCACAGACAAUGACUUUAUCCAGGAGGGGCAGGUAACCCCUGUUAGUGAGGUUAUGCAGAAAACAACCCUCACCUGCUACACAAUUUUGUCAGAAUGAGGCUGUGCCUGGAAGAACUGAGGUUUCUGAUUUUUUGCUCAGACAACCAAGGACACACAGAGAUCCCACUGUGAGUGCAAAAUGCAACAGCUCCAGAACUGGAUGCAGAAGAGCUAAUUAACCUGACCUUGCAGCUAUUUUGCCUCCAGGAUGAACGUUGUUAUCCCUACAUGGCACAGCAUCCCUAUCCAUAGCCACAAGAACCUGUACCCAGCCAGCCUAGCAGUGCUGAGCACCUCGGCGCACUGAGACGUGCAGACAUGCCCUGAGGCUUAUCACUCCCCAAAUGGGCCUGGCAAGCAGCCCUUCCAUAAACUCUAUCAUAUUGCUAACCCUAAUGCUCUCUAGCUGGCUCAGGCACUGGUAGCAAUCAAUACACAGCAGCCUGGAAGUUUAAGACAAGCUGUAAAAACUGACUGAGAAGCCAGUUUAGAUCAUGCCAAAAUCCCUGCUGCUGCAGUGAGCUUGCUUCCAGUCUCUCAGCUAUUUGUAAGGUGAGCUUGUGUAUCUCCAGAUGACACUGUUGUCAUUGCUGCACUUGGAAUGCGGGAGUACCCAGAGGGGAGAAAAAGCAUUUGUCAAAUGGAGUUUAAAAUGGGAAACAGUAUAAAUAUACAUUAUCCUACUUGCAGUCUUUACUAAAAGUUGUGUUAGAACUGUGAGCAGCCUCAGGAACUCAGCUGCAGGAGUUCAAAUGAGGUCUUAAAGAAUUUUUUUGCUACUUGUUCAAAGUCCACAUUGUGCCCUAUUACAGCAGUAUGGACAAGCAUGGAAAAAAAGCUGUGUAGAUUUUCUAGCAGUUUCAGCAGAGGAGUUACAUGGGAGAAGCUGUGCAUCCCUGAUUCUGGCAGUCUGAUUCUACAGACAAUGAGCAAAGCAGAUUAUGAUCCCCUGUGCAGAAGGCCUUCAUGCUAUUUUUUGCAAACUUGGGUUAGACAUAUGUUUUCUGGGGCUGUUCUUUAAAGCAUGUCACCACAGUGCAAUAUGACAAAGUUAGAAGACUUUUUUUGUUUCUGGUUUGUUUCAAUUUUUUUUUUAAUUCCAGGUUACAUAAUGGCUAACUUCUUACUUGGAAAGAUUUUUCAUGAUAUUCCAUUAAAGUGCAGUACUAUAGGAAUAAAGUACUUGCUCAAAAACAUGUUUUAAAUAUUUCUCUAAUGUCAGUAAGACACUCUAGAGUGUGACUUAUGAAGUCAUAAUUCACACCUAGUGUGUUCAUUGGUCUCUUGGCCUUUGGCCUUGAGCCUAACAAUGCAGUUGGUAGGGAAUUAUUAUACCAUAAUUCACACCCCACUGUGUCUUAUUGCUUAAAUAACCAUACCCCCAGAGGUGUCUUAAAACUACCAUUAAAGUUUAUAUUGUGUAUCAAAAUGUGUUUACUGGGCUGGGAAAAUAUACUAUUGACAUUUUGAAAGGUUGAGAAGUAGUUUUAGAAGAACUGUACAGUGCUUGUAAAUUAAUCUCCCCAGUGGAGUAUGCACCAGCCAAUUACAGUAUUUCUUGAGUAUAUGAAGUCCUGUCUUGCGCAUGACAAAAUAGCUUAGAAAUUUUAAAAGCCUUAUGAAUUUAAUAUUCUGAAGGGGAAGAUUAAACUCUAUGGGCAUGCUGAUGCCUUUAAUAUCCAGUGAAAAAUCUAAAAUAUAUUUAUAUUUGCAAUAAAGCAAUUUCAGGAUGCUGGGAUUAUCAUCAGAUAAUCACUCCUCCACAUUGUGCCUUAUUGCUUAAUUUUUAAUAUGUGAAAAAACCGAAAUGCCUAACAAAUCAGUCUGUCCUUCAGCAUAAGGUAAGCGGAAUCAGACACAUUUUACACAUUAAAAAGACAUUGGUCUUAAAGCCAAGGAAAUUAUGAAACCAUAUUAAACCACAAUAAAAGAAAAACAACAUCUAUUGGCAGGAGAAAUUUUUUAAAGCUUGUAUACUUUACUUGUUACUCCUGAAAUAGCACCUGGUGGUUUUUAGUUGCUGUAGUUACAUUCCUGUUACAGUUUUUAAGCAAAACUUUGUUUUUAAAAACUGAUUUAGAUGUUCAAAGAAAUACAUGCACCGAUAUUUUUCAAAAGAUCUGUGUACAGCAUGAAGUGAUAAGCUUUUUAAAAAUUUGCAUUGUUUACAAAACAAUAGUAUGAUUGUUGAGUAAGUGAAUUGCAUUCACCUUUUUAUUUUUUGCCAGUGAUCCUUUUUUUAUUCUAACAGGUUUAAUUACUUUCAUUAAUAACUUUAUUAUACUGCAGAUCCUUUGUGUGUGGGACAAAGAAUUUCAUUAACUUGCUAAGAAAGCAUAAUAGAUUGUAGCAUAGUUCUGAAGUGAUAGUAAUAGCCAUACUAGUUGUAGCUUUUAAUUCUGCUGUAUAGUAUUAGCAUCCCUAGUAAUCCUGUUAUUCUUAUCUCUAUAAAGCCUGCUAAUAUCUGAAAUGCUCGGAGGAACUUUAAGUAAGUUUUGCCAUUCACUUGUUAAAUAAUAAAUGUAACUAAACUCUGUACAAAUCAGUUUUACAGAAUGGUGUUAAACAUUACAUGGCUUUGUGUUUUAAAUAUAUAAUUUUUAGAAAGAAAACACCACCUGAGCAUAACUAUUUGACAAUAGCUGAACAAAAUAGAAGAAAAUGCUUUUCUUCCAGUUCUGCUGUUCUCUGUAUACUCAGGACUUGCCUUUUAAGAAGAAAUAAAUAAAUCCCAGUGCUGGCUUAUCCUGUGGCUGUGAGAAUUAGAUCAUUAGCAAAGACUGUCUGUUCUCCUCACUGUGGUUUGGCCUUGUCACCAACCCAUGAAUGUAUGCUGGAUCUGGUCAAAUCAUGCCUUUUGCUGUGAAGUGUCAUAGGCAAAAGUUCAGUCAAGUCAUGAUUUGACUUUUUGAGGACUUUUGAUUUAUUACACUAAACAAAACAACCUCCUCUUGAAUUAAUUAUAUGUAUUUAUUUCAACCUUAAUUAGCUUGGUUCAGUUCUCAUAUAUGUGAAUUAAG